AUGAUAUCUACAAGAUCUAUGAAGUCUAACAAUCUCUUUUCACAGUUAAAAAUAACAAAUUCUUUUUCAAACUUCAUUUAUCAAAAAGAAAAAUCGAUUCUCAAAGUAUACAACUCCGAAUUUAAGAAUUUCCAAAAUUCUGUUGUCCGUGUUGAUGCAUACACUGACUCUACUCGAGCAAAUUAUCAAACGUUUGAUCAUAUGGCUCAAACAUUAUUCGAUCCUAACACAAACUCAAGUUUUUUGAACUGCAUAUUUUCAAAUAGCCAAGAUCAUGGAGCUAUUAACUCCACAGGCCCACUUUUCCUUAAAAAUUGUACUUUCACCUCUUGCGCUUCAACAACCACCGGAGGUGCCAUAUCAGUUUAUUCAAUCAUGAUCCUUUAUGAUUGUACUUUUGAAUCCUGCUCUGCUCAAUCUGAUGGAUGCGCAUUUUAUUGUUCUGCGUCAACGACUGGUGGUGCUGAUAUUAAUGGCCUUAUUGUUACAAGCUGCACAGGCCCUAAUAGUACAUGCUAUAUAGAUGGUACUAAUGUUAUCCUGAAUUCUUUGAAAUUUACAUCCACGACAAAUAGAUAUCUCUUCUACAUUUCUGCAACAGGAAAAGUACAAGUAUUCAAUUCCGCCUUUGACUUUUCUCAAGCAGCUUCAACAACUGCAUUCAAUAUAGUUUCUACGACAACAACAAACUUUUCAUUAUAUAAUGUUAACUUCACAGGUGCAGGAUCACUAUCUCCUAUUACAUCGUCAGCUAAAUUAAAUACUUUAGAGUAUUGCUAUUUCUCACCAAGUUCAGCCACAUCCCCUCUAAUUACAGCUUCUCCUGUUUUAUUUGGUCCCAUCGUCAUUUCUGCAUCAUCAUUCACUCCAUCAUCCACAGACCUUGUAUAUAUUGUCCCAUCAACAUCAACAGUUCAGAAUGUUUUCCUUACAAAUCCUGCCUUAGUUUAUAUUGACUUUGAUGAAGCAUAUUUAGCCAACACAAGCAACUAUAUUGCAAUGCCGAUGUCCAUGUUUUCAGGAUGGAUCUCUACAUCUUUCACUCUUGGCAAAUUUGCUUCAGCAACAUCAGCAACUGCAUCAUCUUCAUCAUCAGCUGCUUCAUCUGCAGCCUCAUCUACUGCUUCAUCCGCUGCUUCUUCAACUUCAAGUUCUUCAUCAUCAUCAGCAUCAAGUUCUAAUUCAACAUCUUCAUCAACAGAAUCAUCUGACUCCUCUUCAUCAUCAAAAUCAAAACUUUCAACACUUGAGAUUGUUUUAAUUGUCAUUUUAGUUAUUAUUUUGAUAUUCGGUAUUUUCGGAGCUAUAUUCAUAUGCGUGAGAACAAGAAGUCGUCUUGAUGAAAGGUACGAUCCUUCAGUUCCACCACCAUUCCCAUAA